GCUGAGAUGGAGGCCCUGCUCCCUGGUCUCUCCCUGCUUCUGACCCUCCUGGCAGCAGGGUGGGGACAUGGGGCAGGUGCAGCCUGGGAAACAUCUGGUGGCUGCAAGCUCGUGCAGAGCACGGUGGACUGCACUGGCAGAUGGCUGAGCUGUGUCCCAGGACACCUUCGAGGUGAUGCUGAGGAGCUGUUGCUUGAUGACAACACUAUCCAGGUUCUGGGCAAUGCUUCUCUGCUCUCACACCACCAGCUGCGACACCUCAGCUUGACCAAGAACCGGCUGGAGCUCAUCGAGCCUGGAGCCUUCCUCAGCAGCCAAGGCCUCCACGUCCUCUCCUUGGCAGACAACCUCCUCUUCACCAACUACUCCCUGACAGCAGCUGCUCUUUCUGCUCUGCCAGCCUUGAGGGUGCUGGAUCUAGCUGGAAACCGCCUCACUGAGGAUAUGGUGUCAGUUUUGGUCCAAAACCUGUCUUCCUUGGAGUCCUUGUCAGUGGCCAGGAACAUCAUCAUGAGGCUGGACUCCUCCAUCUUCAUCAACCUGACACAGCUGUUGGAGCUGAACCUGGAAAAGAACUACAUUUUUGAGAUUGACCAGGCUUUUGAAGGGCUGCAGAAGCUGCAGAGGCUCAACGUUGCUUACAACUACCUCCCAUGCGUGGUGGAGUUCAGCCUGACCCAGCUCAGGGUGCUCAACCUCAGCCACAAUGUCAUCGAGUGGUUUCUGGCCCUGGAAAUUGAUGACCUCUUUGAGUUGGAGGUGUUGGACCUGUCCCACAACCGCCUCCUCUUCUUCCCUGUGCUGCCCCGGCAGAGCAAGCUGAGCUCCUUGCUGCUGCAGGACAACCAGUUGAGCUUCUACCAGCGCCUGCCCAACGGCACCUCCCUGGCGGACAUCACCGUGCAGUUCCUGCUGGUUGAUGGCAACUCCACCAACAUCACCACAGUCAACCUCUGGGAUGAGAUCUGUCACAGCAACCUCUCCUCCCUGCGCCUGCUGGACAUGAGCCAGAACCAGGUCUGGUACCUGCCAGAGCGUUUUCUGGCCCAAAUGCCUUCCCUGACCCACUUGAAGCUCAACCAGAACUGUCUGGAGACGUUCCACCUGUCAGAGGAGGACCCCUUGGCCAUGCUGAUGGAGCUGGACCUCAGCCAGAACCAGCUGGCAGAGCUGGGCGCAGAGGUGGGUGCCAGGGACAUCCUGCCCAACCUGCAGCUCUUCAACCUCAGCACCAACAGGUUGCAGGUGCUUCCUCCUGGGGUUUUCACCUACACCAGGAAGAUCACUACUGUGGACCUCAGCCACAACCGGGUUGACCUCUGUCCCCAGCCAGCUGUCACAGGUGAGGUGGAGAGUCCUCUCUGUGUGGAUAUCAGGGGUGUCCAGACCUUGACUCACCUCUCUCUGGCAGGCUGUGGUCUGCAGGGACUGCGUGGCCACCCCUUCCAGGGGACAUCACUGACGCAUCUGGACCUGUCCCACAACCACCAUGCACUGUCUGGAGACCUGGAGUGGCUGCAGGACCUUGCUUUGACACUGCAGGUGUUGUCCCUGAGGAACACCAGCCUCUCCUCCACCCCCAUGGACUUCUCUGCCUUUAACAAGCUCAUGCACCUGGACCUUUCGGGCAACUCCUUGACCACCUUUCCCACCUCCCUGAGCAUCCUGAAGCUGCACAGCCUGGACCUGCGGGACAACCUCCUCCCAGCUCUGCCACCCGACGUGGCCAGGACACUUCUGGUGAGGAGCCUGCAGGAGGUCUACCUCAGCCAAAACCCCUACAACUGCUGCACUCUGGGCUGGUGGGAUGCCCUGCAGGAGGUGGAGGGGCUGUGUGUCCCUGACGGGCAGGAGGUGACCUGCAGCUUCUCCUCCCACACGCUCAGCCCACGGGCGCUGCCUGGUGCCGUCCUGCGGAGCUGCCGCUGGCGCACGGCCAACCUGGCCCUCCUCUACCUGGUGCUGGCCCUGCCCACCUGCCUCACCAUCCUGGUGGCUUUCGUUGUGGUCUUCCUCAUGCUGAAGGAGAAGCUGCUGAAAAUGGUGAAAAGCAGGUGUGGGGUGUCCAGCCCUCACUGA